CAAUGUGAACGCCGCUAGUAGUCCUGUUAUAUCAGUUGAUCUUUGUUUUCUUGCAAUGUCACCUACAUAUUCUACCGAAUUUUCUAAAUAUUAUAAAUUGUUGUUGCUGGGUGUUACCUGUUCAAUUGAACUAAGCAGAAUAUGCAUAGAUAACUCUCCUACAUAUUUUUGACCAUUUUUGAUAAAAUUCGUAGCUAAUCCAAAGAGAUAUCUUUUAAUAUUAUUGACGAGUGGCAAAUAACCUUUACUAAAAUAAAAUGGAAGAAUACCAACGUGCAUAUCGAGAUGAGAAGUCACCAUUGACUCCACUGACUCCCGUACCAGGAAAUUCAUUCUUCUUCGCUGUAACACCAACAAAUAAGCCUAAAAUAUCUCCAACCCACAAAACUCCAAAAGUGCAGGACGCAUCCUCACAGGACAUUGGACCUGAAUUAUCUUCAACCGGAGAAUCUCAUGAAAAAUCGGUCAAUCACUCCCAGAAUAUUAAAUUUUUAGUUACACCCGAAAUGGCCUUAAAAGACAAGCACUUUGUUAAUGAUGUUGUUGGGAAGUACAAUCUAUCCCCGCAUUACCCAAGCGCUAGAGCUGAAAAUACCGAAAAAGCAGGGGCGAAGACCACCCCGAAAAAGAGGCCGCUGGUAAUAGUGAAGACAGACAUAUCUCCAAUAGUCCCGAAGCCACUAUCUCCGAAAGUGCGGAAGAUCCUCAAUGAGAAAGGAUUGCGGAAGUACAUUCCAUUGUUCGAGGCAGAAGAGAUCGAUUAUGAAGUCUUCAAGUCUCUCACGGAGGAGGAUCUGAUGGAGAUUGGUAUUACGUCCAAAGCAGAUAUUGAUGUGAUUAUGGGGGCUGUGUGCUUUUGGUUCCAUACUGGCUAGUUCAAUUUAUCUUCUUUGUCAGAUUAUUUAUUGCCUGUGUUUUUGUUAUUGUUUAGAUUUAAGAUUGCUUGUGUUAUUGUUCAUAAUAGGUGACAUUACCAAAUAUUGAUUUAAAUUGGGAAUCUUUUCAAAAACUUAGUAAAAUCGUGAUAUUUAAGCCAA